GGUGUAGUAAGUCUACAAAAAACAUCUUAGCAUCAGGUUAUGAAUGUUAUUACAAUGCUGUGACCAAUGUGUUGAAGUGAUAAUCGUUUGCAUUACUCGGAGGACUCUUUCUAUCUACAAGCCCCUGGCACACCAUGUGAUAUUUGCAACUUUCGCCUAUAUAACUGUUCGGAGGAUGAGGCACAUUGACGUGUUAACCGGACUAUUGGCUUUGGUAGGCACGCUGAUUGCUAUCAUUGGUAAUAUCUUGGUCUGUUUGACGAUUUACAGAAAUUCUCGGCUUCGAACGCCAACAAAUGUGUAUAUCGCGGCCCUAGCCAUUCUCGGUUUUUUAUUCGCCGUCUUCAUCGGGCCUACAGUAACGGCGACUCUUUUUGCAGGAGAGAGGUGGAUCUUUGGAAGACAAUUCUGCAGCUUUCAAGCGUUUAUGACGUUGUUCAUUGAAUUCGCUACUCUCCACACUAUGGCACUGACAGCAAUUAAUAGAUAUUGUCGAAUAACUAAACCAAAUAUUUACAAAAAGCUGUUUCCGUCCAAACGCCGAUCUUGUGGCAUUCUGGUUCUGAUUUGGGCAAUCCAAUUCGCAUUUAUACUGUCCUUCUCUUUGCCGUCCUUCGCGAAGUACGAGUUCAGUGAAAAGCGGAUAAGCUGCAUCCUGAUAUUCGACAGUUCCUCUGUAGACAUUGUCUACAGCACAGUUAAAGCGGCUUUAUAUUUUGGCGUGACAUCCGUAAUAGUGGUUUAUUGCUACGCUAAGGUGUUCUGUAACAUUCGAGAACACACUCGCAAGAUCUCAUGCACGUUUCGAACGAGAGAUAGGCUGAACAUUGAAGAGAUAAAAAUAACUCGAACCGUGUUCGGCGUUGUGUUAUUCUUCUUGGCUUGCUGGAUUCCAGAGUACAUUAUAUCCAUUAUAACACGGUUGCAACCCAAUCAUUUACAUCCUUCAGCUAAUCGAGUCAUUGUGUUUUUCCUCUUUCUCAGCUGUUCCUUGACACCCUGGGUUUACGCAGUAACGAAUAGAGAAUUCCGAAAUGAAUUCAAACGCUUGUUGACUUGCAAAGCUAAGCGACGGGAAGAAGUGUCCGAUUUACCAGCGACUGUCGAGGAAGUUGUACAGGCAGUCUCCACUGCUCAGUAGGACUAGCAGAAAGAGAUCAACGCGUGAUACCUUCGCCUCAGUUGGAGAGAUCUUUGUUCAGUCCUCAAUUUGCAGUUAUGUGCCUUAUUUCAGCUCCCUCGGAACAUUCAGUAUGCAGUCGAAUCUAAGGUUACUUGGAAUCAUACUGUUUUUAGUUCAUUUGUAUAAAAUAACAUGCGCAUGGAAUAAAAAAACCACUUUGUUGUAAGAGGAACGAUAUGGUUGUCAUGUUACAAUAAGGAGUCCUUUUCUUUGACGAUGAAAUUAUAAAUUUUUAGUGAAAAUUUAAGGAUCUAAGAUUAAUUUAGAACCACUUAGCAGCUUCUAAAUUUUGUUGAUACACUUCAUUGAUUUACUGAGCCAUGAUCGGUUAUAAUCACUUGACAAUUCCGUUUAAG